GACGAGUUCAAGAAUGCCCAAGGGGAAACGAUCCGCUCGAGCCUCGUGGCUUUUCCGCAACAAACCAGCUGUAGCCUCAGCCAACGAUACCUUUGGUCGCUUCAAUAUCUCAAUCAACCACGAUGAGUCCAAAUCGGAAGGCUCUAUUGUCAUCCAACAUGCUGUGCACCUCGAGGGCUUCUCCUCCGAACAGACUCUUGACCUCGUCGUGCGACCCGAAAGCAUAGUCGCAUGUGAACUGUACCUUGACAAUCAGAACCAUAGACUGCCUCCUGAAGUGCUCAACUUGAUGCCUACGAACCGUAACAACAUAUUGAGUCUGUCGUUGACGAUGCAUACCCCUGGUACUGUCAUAUGCCCCACAGCGUCUCUUCCCUUGUCAUUCGUAUCGACCAGUUUUGGACAGCAAUUCGCUGCGUUUUCUCACCUGUGUCGGACAACACAGCUUCGAAUAUAUCUGGGCAGAGAUCAACUUCAAUCGGAACACCGCGCGCGCCUCGAGCGCUUCGCUUCUGCUAUCACCCAGCGCAGACUCCGAGCCAAUCCGAUCGACCUUCGAAGCCUCGGUGGUGGUGGUGGAAAGCAAGAGACAAUAUGGGACUAUAUACAUCUACCGCCAGCGGAGGAACAACAGGCAGACCUCGGUGCCUCAAGGAAACGAUGCCGUGUUGGGGAGCCGUCUACAAAGAUACAAAAAUUCUUCUGGGAUAUGGUGCCACCAGGUUCACCCACUGAAGUAAACACACCAAGUUCACGACAUGUCACUCCUACUCUCACCACCGCCAACACC